UGUUUCAAGUUUUAUUAUUCAAUUUAAAAUAUUUGUUAUUUAUGAAUGAGAUAAAUGUUGAGAAUAUUUUAGAGGUUUUUAUAUAUUUCUUUGUAAUUCCAUAUAAAAGAGCAAAAUAGACUUAGGAAAUUGAAUGACAUCAUUCUUAAUCUGUGGUGUAGACUGUUUAUAAUCAUUGUUUUUAAAAACGCUUUCAGAUAUCUUCAAUCUUCAUUCUUGAAAUCCUGAGACCGUGUCAAAUUAGAAUAGUUUUUUCAAAACGAAUGUAUCGAACGCUGAGUUAUUUUUUUGUUAUAAAAAGCUAUGUAUUUUAAACAGUUAAAAUCUAACUAAUGACAAAAAUAUUUUCUGGGAUAACUUUACCUUUCUAAACAACGAAUGAAAAUACUGGGUCACCCUUGAUCAUGAGUAACAACUGCCUUAUACAGAAAACCUUAUUAUAAUUGGUUGUAUCAUUGCCAAUGAAUGAAAAAUCAACUAUAUUAUUGCUAUUAUUUCUGUAUAACAAAGUCCUCGUAAAAGUUUUCUUUAAAAAUGUGUGAAAUUAUACAAGCACUCAGAGACCCACUCAAAGAUAUAGAAAGCGAAUAUGUACAGAAUACAGAAGAUAUUUAUAAAGCUGCUCAACCUACAUUAUCAGACAUGCCAGUUGAGAUAAUUUUAAAAAUAUGUUCUUUCUUGGAUUCACACUUUUUAAAGUAUACAUUUAGUAAGGUCUGUACAAGGUUUGAGGAUAUAUUGGCUGAUGAUCAUCUAUGGAAGUAUUGGGUAAAUAACAAAAUGAAUGGUUGUUUUCCUGCUCUACCCAAUUUGAAAAUAUGGGAUGAAGCACAAAUUGAUUGGGAGGAAGUAUGUGUUGAAAUAGAUUCUGAGAAAAAGAAAUGGACUGAUAUUGAAAAUACAACACAACACCUAAUUGUAAAGGAUGUUCACUAUGCUUCUGUUGAUGCAGUGCUCUUGUUAAAUAAAGGUGAGACAUGUAUAUCUGGUGGAAGAGAUAGAAGUUUGGCAAUGUGGAACAUUCCCGAGAUGAAAUCUAAUGUGGAUAACAAGCCUACAAAAAUGAGACAUGACGCUCAUGCUGGAUGGGUUUGGGAUCUUGCUGCUGACAAUACAGACUGUGCUACAAUUGUAUACUCUGCAUCUUGGGACAAUACUGUCAAAGCAUGGGAUUUAGGUGCUGAAUUUUCUUGUGUAGAAACCUUUAGGUGUGGUAUGACUGCUUUAUCUGUUGUAGCAUGGGAUAAAAUUGUAAUGGCUGGACUAUAUUCAAAUAAAGUGCUGUCUUUUGACUUACGAUCAGGACCAAACCCAAUAAGUUUUUAUAAACCCCAUAAAGGACCAAUUUUAGCUCUAAGUGCACAUAAAAACAUGGUUGCAUCUGUGAGUGAAGACAAGACAUUAGCAAUUUGGGAUAAAGUUGCAGGGAAAAUUAUAAAACACAACAUAAAGAUACCUAAAGAAAAACAGUACCCUGUGUGUGUUAAUUGGAAUUCAUCAGCAAUAUACAUAGGUGAUUCUACAGGUUCACUUCACAUUUUUAAUCCUGAAGAUUUUGCAUAUGUUAGGUCUCAUGAAAUUUGGAAGGAAACUCCAAUUGUUGAACCAUCCCAUAAAAUUGCUGGUUGCUAUCAAAGUAAGGGAAAUAUGAUUCUGUGCUCAGAUCAAGGAGAAAUUAAAUUUUUGUAUAAUUGUUAUCCUCCCCAGGAAUAUAGUAGUAUUAAAACAACUACUGUUGAUGUAACAAAGUUACAAUAUCAAAAUGGUAUUUUAGCAGUUGGGACCUGUGAUAAUGCAUUAGAAUUUUGGAUUCCAAACGAGAAACUAUCAUCAUCAUCAGACAUAUGAAUUUUAUAAUAUAAAUUAUAUUUAUAGUUGUAAUACUAAACUUUGGUUUUAUAGUUGAGAAUCUAACCAGAUUUAACUUUAAUGACUUUUAACUGUUAAUGACUUAAUUUAUGUUAAAUAUUGUUAUUUUAUUAAGAUUGUCAAUUUAGUAUCACAUCAAUUUGAAGAUGUUUAAAACCAAAAUGACCUGAACUUAAAAUCUUAAAAAUGUCUUUAAUCAAAACUUGCAUUUAUUUAUUGAACUAGGCUUUUCAAAUAUUCGUUUGAAUUGGCAGUUUGUAUAUGACUGAAGAUUAUGGUCCUGUGAUUAACAGCAUCAUAAAGUAAGGCCAAAUUUCUUUUCAAUUAAUUAAAUGUAUUUUAUGGAGUCACUAAUUUAUGAAUUUUGCAAUGUUUUCAAUUACAGGUGCACAGAUUCAAUGAAGAAAAACGUAACAUUGUGAUACUAUAUUUUUUAUUUAGUUAUUAAAAUUAAUUUGUUGUAAUUUAAAUAAAUUCUAAAAUUAACAUAUAUCUCGAGGAUGACUUCUUAUGACUGACUACUUUUAUAUUGUUGGAGCUCAAAAUUUACACUGCACAUAGUAUUUUUUUGUAAGAUUAAAUAUUUACUGAGAAGUUAUGAGAAUAAUGUAUUUUUAGUUGUCUUACAAAGCAGGUCUUAUAGAGUUUCACAGUUUACAGCAAGGCAAUAUUUCUCAAAAAGUUAGUGGAUGAUUUAUAUUUAUAAUUAUUUUAGUUGGAGCGCCUUCGUGAAAUGAUUAAGAAAAUAUGGUGUAUACUAUGUUUUCUAAAUUCAAGUGAAAGUUAGACUUUUUUUGAUAGAAUUGUAAAUGAAAGCCCUCCAACAUAAGCAAUUCCUUUUAUUUAAUACUAAAGUUACCUUAUUAUUUAUAAUAGCUAGCUUUUAUCUAACUCACUUCAAUACUUUAAAAUGGUUUUAUUGAACCGGAAACAAUUAAGAAUACUCAUUGUUACAUGCAUAGCUACACUGACGACAGUUUAUAAAAUUAAUUUUGAAUGAUAUAAGCUAUCUAUUUUUGUUCGGUUAAUAGUAAUAUAUUCAACAUGAAAUAAUAACGUGUUUACAUUAAAUAAAGAUGGUAUAAAAAUGGUUAUUAGGUUAAAGAAUUAUUACAAUAUGAUGUUCACACGUUCAAACAAAUUUCAUACCUAUUAAUGCAUUGUGUUUAAUGAUCGUUCUUAUUGUGAAAUCGUUCUUAAUGUCACGAUAGCCAGCAACGUCGGUGGUUUUAAUGCGAAAGCAUAAUGAAAUGUAUUUUCGAACGUACCUAUAGUCUUUUAAUUUAAACAGCUAAGUCAAUUUUAAUCUUUGUCUAAUUUGCCGAGUUGCGCUUGAAGUGGUAUUCUACGGUGGUAUUAUACUAUGAUUGUAACGUUGUACAAUUUGUAUGAAAUAACUUAUUAAAAUCUCGGCUUUCAAAUGCG